UCUGUCAGUAACCGGAAACGGCGUGGGGGGUCGGUACAGCAGGACGAUUGUAAACCUCAAAUGUGUUUUGUUGCCUUCGUUUUCUUCGUGUCAUAUAUGUCCAGCAAUCAUUUUGUCACUGGUCAUAAGGGUAUUUGUCUCGGUUAGAUCGUGCGUUUGAGUGUUUGGCAUGGAAACGGCGAGAAUGGUUUAAUAAUCUACGACGCUGUUCACUGUCGGCAGAGUUUCGGAGCCCCAUCUUCUCUCGGUCCUACCGGGUAGGUUCAGCUUGCGCAGUUUGUCGCUGGACAUGGCAAGCGGAUUGAAAGAGAGAUUUUUGCGGCUCACGCGUUACCUGCAGGACCCGGAGCACGUCGCACGCUUCCAGCGACUGUGCGGGGUGCGCGGGACCGACAUGCGGGACAAAGCCUACAACGGGGCAACGUUUAUCCGCCACGGGGAUGUUCAAAACGGAGGUGGGGAUGGACUCCGCCGGAGAACAACAGAAUCAGAGAUCAAUGGGCAGAAGUGCAAAAACGGAGUGGCGAAUGGGACAGCAGUGCUUGCUCCAGGAACCGGGAACGGUCAGCACAGCGGGCGAGCACCGGGUGAGCAUAUGGAGGACGGCUCUGAACUGAACGAUGCUCGGAGAACCACAGUAAAGCCGUUGCGCAGAAACUCUCUCACCGAAGACGUCGGCCAAGAGUUCCUCAUCGAGAACAAGUUUCUCUUCUACCUUUUCACGCUCGGUACCGAGCUUGGGAAUGAGCUGUUCUACAUCAUGUUCUUCCCGUUUUUCAUGUGGAACGUGGACGCGUACGUCAGCCGGCGGCUCGUAGUGGUCUGGGUGUGGGUCAUGUAUCUCGGACAGUGUACAAAAGAUGUGAUCCGGUGUCCGAGGCCCGCCUCACCGCCGGUGGUCAAAGUGGAGAUGUUCUAUAACUCUGAGUACAGCAUGCCCUCCACUCAUGCCAUGUCCGGUACAGCAAUACCGGUGAGCCUAUUCCUGCUGACCUACGGACGGUGGGAGUAUCCUCUGCUGCUGGGUCUCUCUCUGGCUCUUAGCUGGUGUGUGCUGGUGUGUCUGAGCCGCAUAUACAUGGGCAUGCACUCCAUACUGGAUAUCAUUGCUGGUUUCCUGUACAGUUUGCUGAUCCUAGUGAUCUUCAGUCCUGCUCUGGACAUCAUUGACGCCUUUAACUGCACUCAUCGCUUUGCCCCUCUCCUCAUCAUCUCACUUCAUGUGGGACUGGGCCUCUUCUCCUUCACCCUGGACACCUGGAGUACCUCGCGAGGUGACACCGCCCAAAUCCUGGGCUCUGGGGCGGGUAUUGCCUUGGCAUCCCACAUUAACUACAAACUGGGCCUGUUGCCAGACCAACCUGCAUCGAUGCUGCCUCUCCACCCCAAGCCUCUCACUCUCAGCUUGAUCGGGCUCUGUCUGCUACGCUUUUGCCUGGGCGUCAUCAUUCUCCUGGUUACCAGAGCCAUAAUGAAGGCUCUCACAAUCCCGCUUGUGUGCCGGAUCUUUGGGAUUCCGUGCGACGAUGUUCGGAAGGCCAGGCAGCACAUGGAGGUGGAGCUGCCAUAUCGAUAUAUCGUCUAUGGAACAGUGGGGCUCAAUGCACUUUUCCUUGUGCCUUUCCUGCUUGGACAUAUGGGUCUGAUGUGAUUUGAUCUGACGAGCUUUCAGCCAAUAAGAGCACUUUUGAACUGCAAAGGCCCCUCCCCACAAUCAAUGAUUGGUUAGAACUAAUGCCAGUCAUUUUACACUGUGCAUGUUUUAAGUUUUACUUAUGAUGCACCUUGCAAACGUUUCAUAAAUAUAAACUAUCCUCCAUCAUUGUUGUUCAUUUAUACUUUAGCAGAUUGUCAAAUCAGAUCAUCUGUUUUUGGUUUUAUUCUUAAUUAAAAAAAAUUAGAGUUUGCAUUGCAUAUAUCUGUUUAAUUUUAGAUUUUAAAACCUAUUCUGAUCUAUAAUCAUAUUAGAAACUUUUGUAUCAAAGGGCUUGUCAACAUUUUCUCAAGCAAUAUAGUGGUUUAUUGUAUGUUUAAUUAUCAUACAAUUUAGAAGAUUUUGCAGAGUAGAAGCAAGUUUUGCUAAUGCCAUCGUAAGUUUAUAUUAGGAGGACUCAAACUCUUGCAUCAAGAGUUGAAAAUGCUUCAUGCUCAGAAGACUGAAACUUUGUUUUAGAAGACAGGUUGUCACCUUUCAGGUGUAACCGAUGCAAAUGAGUGGUAAUCUGUCUGCCAUGGAUUUGCUGAAACUGAUGACGGCAUUUGUAUUUCUCUUGUUUCAAAGACUUGCAUAAAAUGCAAAAAUUGUGGACUUAAAAGAAGGGUUCAUCCAAAAAUUUUAAUCUAGUCAUCGUUUACUCACCCCAUGUCAUUACAACCACAAAUUUUUUUCUUUCUUCUGUGAAACACAAGGCGAGAUUUUCAGCUAAAUGUCAGAGCUCUUUUGUAUUCAAGGAAGUGGAUGGUUAAUUAAACUACCAUGCACCAAAAAAAAAAUAAAAUAAAAAAUAAAAAAAAAACACUAUAAAAGUAUAACAAAAGAAGAGGAAGUUCAUAUGACUUGUGCGCUAUAUUCCAAGUCUUCUUAAGACAUAUGAUAGCUUCAUGUAAAGACCAGACUGACAUUUAAGGCAAAUCUCAUUGCGGUUGCAUUUUUCGACCCCAUGACGUCAAACCUGCUAAUGCACGUCUUAAAACACUUUUUUUGUUUGUUUUUAAUGGAACUGCAUGGGAAAUGGUGACAAAAUGUAAAUUUUUGGGUGAAUUAUUCCUUUAAAUGCAAAUGUCAAUAGAAAAAGCCACUCCUAUCAUAAUGGUUAGCUGUUUGGGAGUAGCGUACCCUUUUGGUACUUGUUUCAGGUUCUUCCAGAUGUGUAGCCUUUGGUUUUUACAGAUCUAUUGCUCCAAAGACUCUUCCUCCUCUUGUGAUGAAGACUUUUUUUUUUUUUUUUUUUUUUUUCAAGGAUAGACUGCCUUAACUGACCACUAGCUUCCAGGUUAAACCCAACCAUGGGUUGUUUUGUACAUUGAAAGUAUUGGCAAUGCACUAGUGAUUCUGAAUAAUGUUUAAUAUUGAUAGGUAAAACACAAGUCAGGGAGUUUGGCUCAUAAUCAAAUUAUUUUAUAUAGUAAAUUUCUCACUCUGCUUUCAUUCCCUGUAAGUUGCUACUUAAAAUAUGGUACUGUGUGUGUGUAUAUGUGAUUUUAUUAUUCUCAAUGAAAAACACCACGAUUAAGAACAGAUUAACAAAUUCUUACUUAAUAGUAUUUAGCAGUGUCAUAUUGCAACAAAGUAAAUUUCAGGGUUGUCCAUUCUUGUUGCCUUUUCAUAAUCAAUGUUGUGUUUAAUGUAUAGUUAAGAUGAGUUUGUGGUACCAUUUUAAAAUGCACUGUUCCCAGUAUGCACUGCUCUGCUACCUAUGUGCAUGCAUGUGUGUGCUUGUGUGGUUUUUCCGCUGUGGUGACCUGCGCUUGGGCUUGCGUGCCACAGCAGAAUGCAUGUGUUUUUCUCUUUCUGUGGCCUUGUGGGUCUUGUACACAUGCAAGUUCCUUUUUCUUGCUGAAACGGAAGGUAAUUUCCCAGUUUGUUAUUUUUGUAAACAUGAUUGUUUUGGAUUCACAGAACAAUGAGACAUUAAAAACAUCAAUUCUACCAACUAAAGCAAAUGCUGACAUUUGCCCUUCCACUAAUACAUUCAUUUUAGAACAAUGCAGAUCUCCAUAAUUUAAAGGUCAGAUGGAAGAGAAAUUACAGACAGUUCAUGAAGUAGGAAGGAGAGAAUAAGCAAAAAUCACUCGUUUUUAGGACCAACUCUAUGUGUUCCUUACUGUGUGAUUCCUUGGUUCCAUGAUAAAAUAAAUCAGUGAUUGGUUUGUGAAUAGCAAUAGUUAGCUUUUAUGCACUAGUAAUUCGUAAACAUACAAUUUCCAGAUUAUUAAGCAACGCAUUCACUGUAUUUAACUAAUAGUGAUUUGUUUAUGACCAAAUAUGGUUGCUGCAGUAGCUUUAUAUAAACUAUUUAUUGUAAUGUUCCUAUGACCAGGCCCAGAUGGGAAUCUGCACCUACAGAACUCUUCCAAUUUUAACAGAUUUUGUAGUUUUACAUGACCCACACCUACUUGCUUGUUUUUUUGGCUAAUUUUUGGUGCUCUUAGCUGCCAAUAAGAGUGUAGUAUUCUCAGGUCCACUGAACGCAGUUUACCCUCCAAUCAGUGCAGAAAAUUAAGAAGUCCACAGAUUCCAUAUGGGCCUGCCCCAUGACUCUGAUUAAGCUCUUGGUGUGAGAAACUAGUCCAAUGGUAAAAUUCUCAUUUAAAAGUGCAUUCUUUUCUGUGUUUUGGCUUUCUGUGGGUUUUACAGGCAAGACUUGCACUGAAUAAACAGAUUCUAAAUUAACUACCACAGAGUGCCUUAUUGUGUAAUUCUCUGACAUUCUGCAAUGUUUGAUGUUGGGAAACAAAGCGACUCUUAUUCUUAGUGGUUUCUUUUUCUUCCAGUUGUGUAUGUGGAAAAAUAAAUCUUAAACUGAACUAGAAUACUUCAAAUGAGAAUUACUGAUUGCUGCUCGGUCCACCCUGGUUUGUCUGUGAUUACGUCCUGUGUGUGCAAACAAACAACAAAAAUAAAGUUUAAAAAUCAGCUUCUUUUAAUGUUUUAUUCGUCUGAGUAAGUUGAGUUGCUUAGUUUAAAAAAAAAAAAAUAAAAAUAUAUAUAUAUAUAUAUACACACACAUAUAUAUACAUACAGUAUAUUGCUUUGGAAUCAGUUUGUCCAUAGGUUUAUUACUAUGUAAAAAGACUGCUUUGCAUAGGGCUGUUUAAUUGUACCAUAGACGGUUUGUUUGCUUUGCCAUAAUGUGAAUACUUCAUUUCACAAUUCUUUUUUUUUUUCUCUCUGUAUCAAAUGUGUUUCAAAAGGUUUGGAUACUGUGUGUUCACUUAUGUAAAACAUUUGUUAGUGAUCUUUUAGGUGCUCUGAUUCUCUUGUGUGAUGUUGAUUUUGGUAUUUAUGAUUUCUUGUUUAAGUAUCUGUAAAUACUGAUGACUUUUCUCUAAGUAUUGUAGGAGGCAUUCUAAAGGUGUCAAGAGCUUGUUAGGUGUUGCUUGGUUUAGAUCUAAAACAGCAACUACCAUAAAAAUCUAAUAAUUGUAAAUGGCUAUUUAAUGUUGUGCACAAUGAUUCUGGAGAGCAGCUGAACUUAAGACAAAACAAAUUCAGUGACCUUCACCCAGUUCUUGGCACCUGCAGAAUGACACUCCCACAGGGCUGAAAAUGUAAUGCACAAAUGACCAAGAAUUCAGUGUUAUAAGGACAAGUGUGCUCGUAUUAGAAGGUGUGUUUUUCCUAGAAUUUAUCUGAUGAUCUUUAUUUUUUCCAAGAUUGUUUGGCAUUUAAUAUACUUAAUCUAAAGCAAAAAUCUAUUAGUCUUAUCUGUUUUUGAAAGACUAUAAAAAAUAAAAACACUAUAAGCAGCAUAGGACUGGGUUUGAUAAGCACAUACUUGUUCAGUCUCUGUAUCAGAGGAAGUUGCAGUGUUCCUGCUGAGAUCAAUGACUUUCACAUAACGUCUAAAAUAUUAAUGCACAUGUGAGCAUGUUUUAGCUAGAUGAUUAGUCCGGGCAGUUCAAAUGCCAAAAACAACAACAACAACAACAACAACAACAAAAAAAAAACAGUUUCAAUAUGUAAUAUAUUAGUAUAUAAGAACCAAAUUCCUAUUUGUGUUCUUUGAAAAUACCAUACAGCAAUGUUUGCCAAACUUUGUUUUAUACCACCAUAACCCCAUCAGUAAGACUCAAGUAUCCCUUUGUUGAUGCCAAAUUUGAAAUGUUUUGCUUAUACAUUUAUUUACACUGGAUAUCAUGUAGUAGUACCAUUAAUACUGUAAAGAAAAUAAUAAAAAAACACUACAAUGAUUCAGUUUUGUAAGCGACUACAAAAUUACAAGAUGCAAUUGCAAGAUUUACUUUAAUCUAUUGACAGUCCUAAAAUUUUAAGUUGUAACUUCUGUUUUAUAUGUUUAACAGAGUACCCCCUGGAACUUACACUGUUAAAGAUUUUUCCAUCAAAAAACGGUAAAGAACUGGCAGCAGAGUUGCCAGCGAGUUACUGUAAAAUUAACUGUGUCUUGCUGUUGCUGAAAUUUACAGUUUGCUUCUGUUUUUGCAAAUACAGCAUAAAGCUGUAGUCGCCGGCAUCAUACUGUAAAAAUACAGUGUUUUACUGUUGAUCAAAUUAACAGCUAGAUACUGUUUUUACAGCUACAGUAUACAACUGUAAUAUAGCAGCAUACAGCUGUCAGGAGUGGUGGUGGUGUAGUGGACUAAAGCACUGAACUGAUGAACAAAAGGUUGUUGGUUCAAUUCCCACAACCACCACCAUUGUGUCCUUGAGCAAGGCACUUAACUCCAGGUUGCUCCAGGGGGAUUGUCCCUGUAAUAAGUGCACUGUAAGUUGCUUUGGAUAAAAGCGUCUGCCAAAUGCAUAAAUGUAAAUCACAUAGCAUCUACUGUUGAUGAAAUUAACAGCUAUGUUCCCAGCAUGAAGAAAUUACUUAAUUUUUACUCUUUACUAGUUUAUUUUGACAUUGUUUUUGUUGCAGUCUAAGUUACUUGUAUUUUAAUGUUCAGCUUUUACUUUUUUACAUAAAAGUAUGUUUGUUAAUUGUCA